AUGGGAUCAUUUUCAUGUACGCAAAUAGAAAAGUCAGAAAUUAAUUUUAAUAGGUUGACAUUGGAUUUCAAUAAACAAGAAAAACCAAAGUAAGAUGAUAGAUCUCAUUCAUUUACUUAUUAAUAUGAAAUUGGUAAAUACUUAAAUGUAGGAAAGAAUCCUAAAUUAGAUGAAAUGUGGGAAGAAAAAUUAAAUUCAUUUAAAGUUUAUGAUGAACAUACUAGAACUUCAUCAAAUUAUAGAAAUUCACUUUCAACUCCUAAAAAUAUAUAAUAGUUUUUUGAAGAAUGUCCACUCAUUAAAUAUGAUUAUGAAUAUUAUAUGUUCAGAUUUUUCAUUUAAGAGAAAUAUGAAUUUAAAUAAUACGGAUUAAUUGGUCUUCCUUAAAAAUAUAGAUGGGCAUAUUGGAAAGUUAUCACUUUACAAAAAGGCAUAAUUAAUAAAAAAAUAGAUUCUUAAAUAAGUGAUGCAUCUGAUUGUAUAAAGAAAGACAUAAAUAGAACCUUAAUUAGUGAUGUAUUCAAAGAGGAGUCUGUUAUUUUAAAAUUAGAUUAUGUACUUACAAAUUUAGCUAGUUUAUAUCCUAAAGUAGGAUAUUGUCAAGGAAUGAAUUACAUUGCAGGUAUCUUAUUAAUUUAUUAAUUUAAUAGCUUUAUUUUUGAUGGUGUCAGGAGUUAAAGAAUAAGAAACUGUUUGUGUUUUUGCUGAAUUACUUGAUUCUUCUUUUUAUAUGUUUAAUCUUUUAUUUAAAGAUGAUUUACCUUUACUAUUCAUUAUGGAGGAAAUUAUUAUGAAUUUGAUAUAAGUUAAAUUACCAAAGGUAUAUGAUCAUUUUAUCAAUUACAAUAUAUCUCCUUCAAUUUGGAUAAGUAAGAUUUUAUUAAGUGGAUUUGUAUACUUAUUUGAUUUGUUAGAUUGUGUUUUAUUUUGGGAUUAUAUUUUUAUUAAGGGAACUGUAUUAGGAUACACAAAUCUUAUAAUGGCAAUGGUUACAAUUCAUAAAGAUGCUUUAUUGACUAAAGAUGAAGCUGAUCUUUCUACAUUUUUUAAUUUUCAAGACUAAAAAAUAAGAUGUGCAGAGAAUAUAAUUAAAUAAGCCUUAGUUAAACCAAUAGAGGAAAAGGAAAUAAGAAGGAUUAUGAGAAAAACAGAUAAAAAAUUAGAUUUAGUUGAAUUAUUUAAGUUCUUUGGGAAGGAGGGAUUUGAAAAGCUUUAUUAGAAAUUCUCAAAAGGGAUUACAAAAUGA